AUGACGAGUCCGCCAAGGGUGAGCAUGGAGAUCACCGACGACAUGCUCAAGAGCAUGGAGGUCGGCCUAGCCUUCCGGGACUAUAAUGGCAGAAUUAGUUCUAUGGAUUUUCACAGCAAGGCUACCAACUAUCUAGUGACUGCUAGCGAUGAUGAAUCAAUCCGCCUAUAUGACACUCAAAAUGCAGUAUGUUUGAAGACUAUUAAUAGCAAAAAAUAUGGGGUUGAACUAGUGUGUUUCACUGAUAACCCAACUAUUGUCUUAUAUUCAUCAAAAAACGGCUGGGAUGAAUCUCUGCGUCUACUCUCACUGAAUGAUAACCGGUUUCUUAGAUAUUUUAAAGGUCACCUUGACAGGGUUGUCUGCAUAUCAUUUUGCUCUGAGAAAGAAAAUUUUCUCUCUGGUUCACUCGACCGUACUGUUCUCUUAUGGGAUCAACGGGCUGAAAAAUCACAGGGCUUACUGCGUGUGCAAGGGAGGCCUGCAGUUUCAUAUGAUGAUCAGGGCAUGGUAUUUGCCGUUGCCUAUGGUAGUCACAUAAGGAUGUUUGAUGCUCGAAAAUUUGAAAAGGGGCCUUUUGAGAUUUUCUCUGUCGGUAAUGGUGAUUCAGACGCCCAUGUCAUAAAGUUCAGCAGUGAUGGCAGACGGAUUCUGUUAACCACUAAAGCUGGACGUGUUCAUGUGCUAGAUUCAUUCCAUGGCAAUAGCAUUGCAUCGUACAAUGUGAAGCCAGUGGUAACCAAUUCAACACUGGAGGCAUCAUUCAGUCCUGAUGGAAACCAUAUCAUAUCUGGCUCUGGUGAUGGUAGUGUUUAUGCUUGGAAUGUUAGGAGUGGAAAGGUCGCACGCUGGGGUAGCACAGAUAACGAACCGCCACUGGUAAGGUGGGCUCCAGGAUCCUUGAUGUUCGUGACAGGAUCAUCAGAACUGUCAUGCUGGGUUCCAGAUCUGUCCAAGCUGGGACCCUUUACCAUUAGCAAGUAG